GGAACGUUGUACAACUACAAGCACGUAAAAGCCCGCCAUUGGAGAGAUUCAAAAAGUGGGAGAGAGAAAAUUUUGCGGGUUUCCGAAGGGGAGGCUUCCGGCGGCGAUUAGGAUGCCGAUGAGGGGGAAAUCAGGGAAGAAGCCACUGAGGGAUGUAUCGAACCAAAAAUACGGCCGAACUUCCUCCAAAUCUGUCGCUACUGCUAAGAGAAAGGAAGAUGAUUACAAGUCUAAGGUUGAAGAGCAAGAUGAUGCUCUCGAUCGUCUUCUUCUGGUUCAGUCCGAUCUCUCAGCGUUCACUAAUCAGACUGAUGAACUUGUUGUGAAAGCAUUUGAACUGAAGGAAAUGGGGAAACAAGGGAGGAAACAGAUCGAAUCUUUCACUCAUAUCUUAUCUGAUAUGCUAUCUUCUUUGAAGCCAUGGGUUCCCAGACUUCAGAAGGUGCUCUCUUCUCCAUCAAAAGGUAUUGAUGGUGAUAUAGAACAACCCUUGUCUAGUGAAAGCAAUGUGAUGGUUAACGAUACGGAAAACAGUGUUAUUGACAGCCCAGACCAAGCUGAAGUUCGAGAUCUGAUCUCUCCUUCACCCCUCGUAUCAUGGCGUGCUGGAUGCAAUAUUGAGAGAGGAAGACAAUUGUUUUUACUCACACCUCUUCCUAUUUCUAAAUCACUCUCAUCUAAACAUGUGAAAUAUUCUAAAUCUGCACUUAGUGGAAUGACUUCGAGCAUACUCGAGGGCGCACAACCAUGUUUUAUUGCAUGUGGAGAUUUAAACGAGAAUGAACUUGAAGGUAAAGUACUUGAGCCUGGUAAGACUUCUGGUCCUGAUUUAACAACACUAGGGGAGAAUCUGCUUGAAGGUAAUGGAAUUGCGCCAAGUACUGGUAAGCCAUCUGGGUCUAAUUUAACUAAACUGGGGGAGAAUUUGUUAGAAGGUAAUGGAAUUGCGCUUAGUGGUGUUGAGCCUUCUGGGUCUGAUAUAGCACAAGUUGAGAUAACUCAUCAGCGUGGAUUUGCUUCCCCACCUAUGUUAUCAAAGAAAAAUUGCUCUAUGCUAGUUAUGACUCCCUGCUUAAAAAUGUCGCCACCAAAAUCUUGUGUGCUGCUCGAACCCAUUUCUGAGUCGUCACAUAAAGACAAAAAAAUGGUUUAUAAGGCCACACCUUUUCCCGUUGGAGUUCAGGAUUACUCCUCUGGCGGUGACGCUUCUGAUGGACUGGCUUUCAAGUACCCAGAACUCUUGGGAAUUCAACAGGCUCACAAAUUAGAAAUUAGAAAGGAGGUUGAAGCCUCACCAGACUGGUUUAUGUCACCUCCAAAAACAUGUGUUUUACUGGAGCCGUCUGAUUUUCAUUCAGUGAAAAGUGCUGCUUGUUACGGAUGUCACGAAGCAAAGAAAUCUUUCGGCGACGAAGGUCCAGUUGGGGUCAGCUUGCCGCACAUAGAUAGCACUCCCAUGUUGAAGGAAUGUGAAAGUGUAUUUCGGGUUGGCAAACGUGCUGGAGAAGAGACUCUUAAAAAAGAACUCUGGCUGAAAUUUGAAGCAGCAUCAGCCAAUCCAUAUCGUUUUGAUCAAGCUCUUCAAACGACAUCAAAGAAAGUUUUCCUGGACAUGCUGGACGAGGUUUCAUGUGAUUAGUUGCGGAACUGCUGUUACAACUUGGAAGUGCGAACCGGGAAGGGCAUUGCAUUAGAUGUUGCGCUUGUGCAUUCCUCGGCCAGGUGAAACAAUCUUGUAAAUUGUACUCUUCUGUACCUUAAAGGUGCGUAGAAAGAUAAACCCUGUAAUGAUGCUGGAAAAGAGCAUGCUCUCAAGUGUAGGAGGCUACAUUUUGCCCAUAAGCAUGAGCAAAAGCUGUAUACAAUGGUUGUAAAGAUCAUUCCAGUGUCAUCGUACUGUAAUGCACACGACAUUCCACAGAUAUUCUGAGCAUUUUAUAUGAGCGUAUUUGAGUAAA